AUGGCCUCCUCUCUCCGAAUUGGUUCUACCGCUCUGCGGUCCUCUGUGGCUAAGCCCGUUCAGACUGCUGUCCUGAACGGCGCGCGCUGCUAUUCUUCCGCAAAGGCCAAGUCUCUCAAGGACACCUUUGCCGACAACCUGCCUGCUGAGAUCGAGAAGGUCAAGAAGCUCCGCAAGUAUGUCGUCCACCGGAAGCCUCUUCCGUGCCAGGUUAUCGGCGAGGUUACCCUCGACCAGGCCUACGGUGGUGCCCGUGGAAUCAAGUCCCUCGUCUGGGAAGGUUCCGUCCUUGACUCGGAGGAGGGUAUCCGUUUCCGUGGCCGCACUAUCCCUGAGAUCCAGAAGCUGCUCCCCAAGGCCCCCGGCGGCGAGGAGCCCCUUCCUGAGGGUCUCUUCUGGCUUCUGCUCACUGGCGAGAUCCCCUCGGAGCAGCAGGUUCGCGACCUGUCCGCCGAGUGGGCCGCCCGCUCCGAUGUCCCCCAGUUCGUUGAGGAGCUCAUCGACCGAUGCCCCAGCACCCUUCACCCCAUGGCCCAGUUCUCUCUGGCCGUGACCGCUCUGGAGCACGAGUCUGCCUUCGCUAAGGCCUACGCCAAGGGUGUCAACAAGAAGGAGUACUGGACCUACACCUUCGAGGACUCCAUGGACCUGAUCGCCAAGCUCCCUACCAUCGCGGCCAAGAUCUACCGUAACGUCUUCAAGGACGGCAAGGUCGCUCCUAUCCAAAAGGACAAGGACUACUCGUACAACUUGGCCAACCAGCUCGGCUUCGCCGGCAACAAGGACUUCGUUGAGCUGAUGCGUCUGUACCUGACCAUUCACUCCGACCACGAGGGAGGCAACGUCAGCGCCCACACCACCCACUUGGUCGGCUCUGCCCUGAGCUCCCCCCAUGCUGGUCUGGCUGGUCCCCUCCACGGUCUGGCCAACCAGGAGGUCCUGAACUGGCUCACCAAGAUGAAGCAGGCCGUCGGCAACGACCUUACCGACAAGUCCAUCACUGACUACCUGUGGUCCACCUUGAACGCCGGCCAGGUCGUCCCCGGCUACGGUCACGCCGUUCUGCGUAAGACUGACCCUCGCUACGUGUCGCAGCGUGAGUUUGCUCUGCGCAAGCUGCCCGAUGACCCCAUGUUCAAGCUGGUUAGCCAGGUCUACAAGAUCGCCCCCGGUGUUCUGACCGAGCACGGCAAGACCAAGAACCCCUACCCCAACGUGGAUGCCCACUCCGGUGUUCUUCUGCAGUACUACGGUCUGACCGAGGCCAACUACUACACCGUCCUGUUCGGUGUCUCCCGUGCCCUUGGUGUCCUGCCCCAGCUGAUCAUCGACCGUGCUCUUGGCAUGCCCAUUGAGCGCCCCAAGUCCUUCAGCACCGAGGCCUACGCCAAGCUGGUUGGCGCCAAGCUGUAA